AUUGCCAGGCUUGGAAUUCCUCUUAGCAUUCUUUCUUGGUUCCCAGGCCAAAAAUCCAGCAUGGCUUCUGGAGCAUCUAGAUCUGCAUCCAUGCUUCUCUUGAUUGUCAACAUUCUCCUCUACUUCAUCAUCAUUGUCAUUGCUUCAUGGGCCAUAAACCAUGCAAUUCUCCGCUCACAUGAAGCAGCUUCUGUUCUAUCCAUCCCAGCUCGGAUCUUCCCCAUAUUCUUCCCCAUGGGGAACAUGGCUACCGGAUUCUUCGUAGUGAUCUCCCUCCUGGCCGGAAUUGUGGGCAUCGCCACAUCGUUGACAGGAAUCCAGAACGUUCUGGUAUCGAAUGCAGCGAACCUCCAUGCUGCAGCUUCGUCUUCCCUGACCUCGUUGGCACUCACACUUCUAGCCAUGGGGUUGGCGUGUAAAGAGAUUGACAUAGGGUGGACUGAUGCUAACUUGAGGACUCUAGAAGUAAUGACCAUAGUCGCGAGUGCAACCCAGUUACUGUGCACCGGAGCUCUCCACGCCGGAGCUGAAGAGGCCGAGGCACGACGGAGGAUCCUUGGCUAGUAGAAAGCGGGAAUUUGAAUAUCGUUUGUUUACCCGCACCAUUGCCAUCAAUUGUGUUCAUGAGUGCUCUCUCAAUUUCUCCACCCUCUUUUCUUGUGUAGUGAGAAUUGUAAUUCAAUAGCAUUCUUUCUUGUGUCUCAAGUUUGCGUUCUUUGAUUCCUGAUGUAAAAGCUUUUACGUUAUUAGGCACAUUGGGCUAUGUUAUUGCCAAUUGGCAUAUUGCAAUGCAGGUUUAGAUCACCAAAAGAUAUACUAACAAAAGUGGAUUUAAGCU